AGAAGCACAAAAAAGGAGGAGCACAGGGAGAAAAGGAGGAAGAGAAAGGACGCCGAGCCGCCACAUGCCACCAAAGAGGCCAAGGUAGCGGGGCGACUCUUCGCGGCCAUAAACCGAUGCGGCAGCGGGCAAAAAGCCAGCACCACAUCUGCAGCAGCCCUGCAUGACGUCCGCUACUACACCGCCCGUCUUCUCCGCUUGGGCACAGACCCUACGCUGGUGGUGGAUGAGACGGGACGCACGCUGCUGCACAGGGCGGUGCUGCAAAACAAUGCCACGCUGUGCCGCUACCUCAUCGACACCCUCGGUCGGGACAUGGUCAACCUGGUCUCUGGCUCGGAGGAUGCGAGUACGGCGCUCCACUACGCGUGCCUGAACGAGAGCGCAGAGAUCUGUCACAUGCUGCACAGGAGCGGCGCCGAGACCGGCAUCAAGAACGCACUGGGCAUCGUGGCGACCGAGAUCGGAUUCGAAGCCCUCCGCAGGAAGGGAGAGCAGCUUGAGGCCGAGCGACAGCAACGCGAGGCCGAGUGGCGCGCCAUGGACGAGCGAAUGAAGGCGGGCGGCUUCGACGCGAGGGACACUCCUCGCCGACACGAAGACGCCACGUCAUCGAAGCGCCGACAACCGAAGGCGGAGGAGGAGCCGAGCGACGAUGACGACGAUGAGCAAGACGGUGAGGAAGACUUUCACGUCUUCGAUUACACUGAAUUGGGGAAGAAGACGCCGAAGAAGAAGCGAAAGCGACCAGGCACUGCGGAUGACGGCGAUGCCUUCGAGCGCUGGAAGGAGAUGGAGCGGAACAAGUGGCGGCGACAGCAAGAGGAACAGGACUGGAACGAGCGGCUGGCCGAGGAGUUCGCCAGCGAGGGCGGGCACAUGUGGCACGACCAGUGGGCCGAUAUGGACGCCGGCGGCGGCGGCGGCAACCACCUGAGCGAGGAGGAGUGGAAGGACUGGGUGCGGAAGGAGAUGGGGCGGAAGGCCAGCCGGCGGUGGGGCCAGGACCACGGCGACUUCUACGACGCCAAGGCCCGCAAGCGACGCGAGGAGGAGCGGAAGGAGCGGGAGCGGCGCGAGCGGGAGAAGGAGCGCGAGACCAAGGAGAGGAUCGAACGCGAGGAGAAGGAGCGGGAGGCGCAGAGGCAGAAGGUCGAGGCCAAGCGACAGGCGGACGAUUGGAAGCGACUCGAGCGCGAGUGGGUCGCGUUCGAAGAGGCCCUCAACGCGCGACGUAAGGAGGGCAACGAGGCCAGCGAUCUCGGCCUCGCCGACAUUCCCUUCCCUGACAUCGAACGCGACGAAGAGACGGGCCACACUCUCGGCGGCUUCAACUUCAUGACCGAGGAGACCACGGCGGACGACAAGACGAAAUUCCUGCGUACGCUCUUCCUUCGCUGGCACCCUGACAAGUUCGAGCAGCGCGUGGGUCAUCGGCUCAAACAGGAGGAGAAGGUGCAGGUGUUGGCUCACGCGACCCGAAUUACGCAACACAUCACGCGUCUCAAGGACCUGCUGGCCAAGCAGACAUCUGCUCCGCCAGAGUAA